AUGGAGCGACUUGGAGAGGACGAGCUAACCGCCAUUUUCCAGAGAAUUCACGGAUCAGAUGACAGGAGAUCCUUCCAUCAAGUUUCCAAGCAAUUCUUGAGUGUUGCAUGCAUCCGCCUACUGAAGUUAUACAGUUCAGUUCCUGAUUUCCUCUAUGAGAUCUUACCUGCAUCCCCGAAUCUGGAAUCAUUUGAAUGCUCUAAACCACUUUCGAACACUCAUAUGAAACUCCUGGCGCAGUCAUGCCCCAAGCUCAGGUCCCUCAACCUCAAUUCAGAGGUAAACUCUAAUCCUGAUCAGGCGGAUCUUGUGCCAGGUGAGUUUGAUUUUAACGAUGAUGGCUUGUGUUCAGUCGUGAAUGCUUGUAGUAAUCUGUAUGCAGUGCUCUUAAGUCAGAGAUCAUACAUUGGGGAUGUCGGAGUUGCUUCCCUUAUAAAACAAUCAUCCAAAAGUUUAACAUAUUUAGAUCUGAGCAGAUGUGUUAAUGUCACAGAUGAAUCACUCAAAGCUAUUGGAAAAGCAAGUUGUUUAAGGGUUUUGAGCCUUCAAGGUUGUCGUUUGAUUACCGAUUUGGGUUUAUCUUAUCUGGCAAAUGGGAACGUGAGGAAUUGUUUGGAGGUACUUAAUUUGGCUGAAUGUGAUAAGAUUAGUGAUAAUGGUAUGUUUUGCUUGAAACAGAUGCUUCGUCUAACUGAUCUGAAUUUGUCAAAGUGUGGGGUUAAUGUGACAAGCAAAGGGAUUUUGUCCCUAUGCCAACUCCCAAACAUAGAGAGACUGGACUUGUCUUGGUUGAUUAACAUUACAGAUAUGACACUGACUGUAAUUGCUAGUGAGUUUGUUAAACUCAAAGCGCUCUAUUUGACCGGUUGUAAGGCGAUAAGUGGUGAUGGUCUGUGUCAUUUUGCUUUUCAUGGAACCCUGGAGGAACUGCAAUUGUUUUCUUGUAACAAUAUUUCUGGCGAGAAUGUGGAGUUGCUUGUCUUAACCUGCAAGAAACUGACAUAUCUUGGGGUAAACAAGACGAUGAUCAAGAUGCCGAUGCUGGAGUCAGUUGAGGAUAGGUUUUAUAUGGGAAAUUGCUGGAUAGAUUGGCAAUGA